UAAGCGCUACAUAACUUACUUCAAGCAUCAGUCACUUGACAGUGAAAACACAGACAACAUGAAAUUCCUGAUUGUAGCCGCUCUUGCCAUCGCAGCAGUCGCUGCUGAAGAUGCCGCCAAGAAGACUGAGAAGCGCGGUAUCAGCGGUCUCGGUUACGGCGGUUACGGCGGUUAUGGCGGUUACGGCGGACUCGGUUACGCCGGCGCUGGUUACGGCGGUCUCGGUUACGGAGGCUACGGCGGAUACAGUGGAUACUCCGUCCCAGUCGUAAGCAAGGUUGGGUACACCACCUCUCACGGUUACGGCGGUCUUGGCGGUUAUGGCGGUUAUGGUGGAUACUCUGGCCUUGGUGGUUAUGGAGGAUAUGGCGGUUACGGCAGCCACGGCGGUUACUACGGUUCCCCUGUCGGUUACUCCGGUUACUCCGGCUACUCCGGUCUCGGCUACGGCGGUUACGGUCACGGUAUCGGCUACGGUUACCACUGAGCCAUAACCGUGUUGCGAAACUAGAUGGCGCUGAUAUAUACUUUCGAUUAUUCUACUGUUUAUGAUUUGUUACUUAAUGUUAAAUUCUUCAUAAAUAAGACUAUUUUGAAUUCUUAUUUUAAUACUGUUAAAACGUAAAGUAUUACCAGCGCCAUCUAGUGUCUAAAGUCUAUAACUUGUGUUCAUUUUAAAUACUCUGUGGGAGAGCUUUCCAUGACAUUUCAACAUCUUCACAACUCCCCUUUUGUGAUAUUUUGUACAAUGAUUUUAUGUAUAACUUUGUAAAUAUGUAAUAAAUAUACUAUGUAUACAUA